CCAAUGCAAUACACAAUCUCAAGCAAAUGGUGUAACAGGAGAAGAAGAAAAAUAUUGUGGUAAAGUGAAAAAGUGACAGUGAUUAUUUUCGCUAAUCAUCCCUCAUAAUUCGAUUACUUUAUGCGGAUUGUCGCCACCAACAUAUUAAUUAGAUAAAUAAUAAUAUAACCUCCAUCGCAAACGAAAUGGAUGACCAACGUAGCGACAGAGUUUAUGGUGGAUGCGAAGGUCCUGAUGCUAUGUACGUGAAGUUAAUAUCGUCCGAUGGCCAUGAAUUUAUAGUAAAACGAGAACAUGCACUUACUUCUGGAACCAUCAAAGCAAUGUUAUCUGGUCCAGGACAAUUCGCUGAAAAUGAAGCAAACGAAGUUCAUUUUCGCGAGAUUCCUUCCCAUGUUCUACAAAAAGUUUGCAUGUAUUUUACUUAUAAAGUAAGGUACACAAAUAGUUCAACUGAAAUUCCAGAGUUCCCCAUAGCCCCAGAAAUUGCUUUGGAACUAUUGAUGGCUGCUAAUUUCUUAGACUGCUGAAAAAAUAAAAUGAAUACUGUUUACACAGAAACGAGAAAAGAAAAGGUGAUCAUGUUAAGUGACAAUGAUAUGAAAUAAAUAUUUAUUCUUUACGCACUUUGGAAUUAUUGUAAUUAAAUCAUUUUGUAUAUAA